AUGCGCCGCGCCAGCCGAGACUACACCAAGUACCUGCGCGCCUCCGAGGAGAUGGGCAGCGGCGGCUCCGGCGCCCCGCACGAGGGCGCCCUGCACGCCCCGCCGCCGCCGCCCGCGCAGCCCGCCCCGCACCAUUCCGCCGCCGCCUCCCGCUCCACGUUCGUGGCCCUGCUGGGGCUGGGGCUGGGCCAGGUCGCGUGCAGCGUCGCCCUGUUCCUUUACUUCCGAGCGCAGAUGGAUCCUAAUAGAAUAUCAGAAGAUGACACUCACUGCAUUAAUAGAAUUUUCAAACUCCACGAAAACACGGAUUUGCAAGACACAACUCUGGAGAGCCAAGACUCAAAAUUAGUACCUGAUUCGUGUAAGAGAAUUAAACAGGCCUUUCAAGCAGCUGUGCAAAAGGAAAUGCAACAUAUUGUUAAAUCACAACACAUCAGAGCAGAAAAAGCCAUGGUGGAAGGUUCAUGGUUAGAUCUGGCCAGAAGGAACAAGCCUGAGACUCAGCCCUUUGCCCAUCUCACGAUUAAUGCCAUUGACAUCCCAUCAGGUUCCCAUAAAGUGAGUCUGUCCUGCUGGUACCAUGACCGAGGUUGGGCCAAGAUCUCCAACAUGACUUUCAGCAAUGGAAAACUAAUAGUUAACCAAGAUGGCUUUUAUUACCUGUAUGCCAACAUCUGCUUUCGACAUCAUGAAACUUCGGGAAACCUCACUGCGAAUUAUCUUCAGCUAAUGGUGUACGUCACCAAGACGAGCAUCAAAAUCCCGAGUUCUCAUACCCUCAUGAAAGGAGGAAGCACCAAAUACUGGUCGGGGAACUCUGAAUUCCAUUUCUACUCCAUAAACGUUGGGGGAUUUUUUAAGCUACGGUCUGGUGAGGAAAUAAGCAUUGAGGUAUCCAACCCUUCACUACUGGAUCCAGAUCAAGAUGCAACGUACUUUGGGGCUUUUAAAGUUCGAGAUAUAGAUUGA